AUGCUACUAUUUACACUCCCUCAAACACGAUGUCUCACCACAUUUGCGGCUCAUUUGAACAGGCCCAACUAUUCAAAGACAGUACAACUACCCCAAACCCAGUUCAGUCCCAAAAUACCACGCGGUGAAGCUCGAGACAAACUUAUCAAAAGAACUGGUGUUGACAUUUACCACUGGCAACAGCAAAACAAAGCCAACCACAAGCCUUUCACUCUUCAUGACGGGCCACCAUAUGCGAACGGUACAUUGCACGUUGGUCACGCUUUGAAUAAAAUCUGCAAGGAUAUCAUAAAUCGAUACCAAUUGAUACAUAAAGAUAAACUAAUCCGGUACCAACCUGGAUGGGAUUGUCAUGGGUUACCAAUUGAAUUGAAAGUGGAGCACAGUCUAAGUGGUGUAAAUUCCAAGAGUCCAGUUGAGGUUCGAAGGGCGUGUCGAAAUUAUGCCAUGACGAUGAUUGAUAAUCAACGCAAACAGUUUAUGGAUUUGGGCAUAAUGACGGACUUCAACCAGCCGUACAUCACAAUGGAUCAUGAGUUUGAAAGUAGGCAGUUGCAAGUUUUUAGCAAAUUGGUCGAGAAUGGAUUAUUGAGCCAGCAAUUGAAACCGGUGUGGUAUGGAUGUGAAACGCAAACCGCAUUGGCUGAAGCUGAAUUGGAGUAUAACGAUAAACACAAAUCAGUGGCGAUAUACGUGAAGUUCCCCAUUAUUGAUGAAGAUGGUAAAUUGAGGCGGAUAUUGGACAAGAGCGGACAUUUGUCGCUGUUGCACACUGAUCGUGUUAAAUUGUUGAUUUGGACAAGUACUCCAUGGACGAUUCCUGCUAAUAAAACCAUCUGCGUGAAUAAAAACUUGACAUACACGUUGAUUGCAAAAGAAGAUGAGGUACUUGUAGUCGCCAAGCCUUUAAUACAAGAGGUGCUCAAAUUAGAUCCCGAGUACACAAGUAUCGACAUUGACAUUCCCGGAGGUGAAUUGAUUGGCUUGCAUUAUAUAAACCCAGCUGCUGCAGAUAACUUACAAAAGCCGGUUAUACAUGGUGAUCAUGUUGUUGGAACAGCAGGUACGGGUCUAGUCCAUGGUGCUCCGGCCCAUGGGCGUGAAGACUACCUUGUUGCUAAACAAAAUGGGAUCAACAUUGACUCAUCCUGCGUUGAUAACAAAGGGAAAUACAUUGUUGAGGCACUUCCGCCGGGGUUCCAAAAAUUGGGUCCUUUAAAAGUGAAUGAAAUAAGAUCUAAUAUGCUCUGUGUCGACCUUUUGAAACAACAUGAUAUGAUUUUCCAUGUCAACAAGAAUUUCAUACAUUCGUAUCCAUAUGAUUGGCGAUCACAAACUCCCGUUAUACAACGUGCAACUCCACAAUGGUUUGUAAAUGUCGACAAGAUUAAGCCAUUUGCUUUGGAAGCAUUAAACAAGGUGGAGUUUCACCCUGCCAGUGGAUACAACAGAUUGACCUCGUUUAUUGAGAAUAGAGAUGAGUGGUGUAUUUCCCGACAAAGAUCUUGGGGUGUGCCAUUGCCAAUUGUGUACGAUACAAGUACAGACAAGCCGGUGAUGGACAUGAAUGUGAUUAACCACAUCAUCAGCAAAAUUGAUGAGUUUGGUACGGAUGAAUGGUUUGUGAAAGAGGACGAUAUUGGUAGGUGGUUGCCUUUAGAUAUGGAUGGUGGUAAAUACUACAAGGGGCAAGAUACAAUGGAUGUUUGGUUCGAUUCCGGAACCUCGUGGACAUCGUUACGUGAUGAUAUCAAGGAGUGCAACGACACUACGAUGCAGCCAUUAGCCGACGUGUAUCUUGAAGGUAGUGAUCAACAUCGUGGGUGGUUCCAAUCUUCCUUGCUCAACAAGGUAAUCUAUUCAGGUAACGAGGGCCAAACUUUCCAAUCAAUGGCCCCGUACAAGACUGUAAUUACACAUGGAUUCAUUACUGAUGCUCAAGGACAAAAAAUGGCCAAGAGCAAGGGCAACAUUUUCUCACCACUCGAAGCCAUUGAAGGGUGUAAAAAACCAUGGACGCCGAUCCUUGGUACUGAUGGAUUGAGAUUAUGGGCUGCUUCAUCCAAUUAUCAGCAGGAUGUUGGGUUCCAUCCAGAAGUAUUGACUCGAGUUAGUGAAGUCGGAAAGAAGUAUCGUGUUACAUUCAAGUAUUUAUUGGGGAACUUGUACGAUUUUGACAAUACGCCAGUGCCUUAUUCACAAUUGAGUGAUUUAGACAAGUACAUUUUGCAUACGUUGCGUCAAUUGCAAGUGAACUGUGCUGGAUAUUACGAGUCAUUUAACUUUUCACGUGUUGUGAGUUCAGUUAAUGCUCAUGUCAAUUCUGUCUUGAGUGCUGUUUAUUUUGACGUUUCGAAAGAUUGUUUAUACACAGAUGGUCCCAAUUCAAUUAGACGGAGAGCGAUCCAGACUGUGUUGAAUGAUAUUUUGAAGACGUAUGUGGGGAUCUUGGCACCAAUUCAACCAUUGACGGUGCAGGAAGUGUGGGAUGAGUAUGUUAAAAUCAACAAAAGUGUUUGUGAUUCACCAUUUAAAGGAUCUUCAGAGAUGUUUGCCCUACCUGACUCGUAUUUGAACCAGGAGUUGGAAUCUCGACUCAACAGCUUUUUCAAAUUGAGAGAUGAGAUUUACAAGGGGAUUGAAGUUUUGAAGAAUGACGAUUUUUUCAAAAAUAAGUUGGAGUUGGAGAUUCUCUUGUUUGAUCCAGAGACAAACGAUUUGUCAUCGCCGUUGUUUGAAUUCAUCAAGUCAAAUCAAUUGUACCUUGACGAUUUGUUCUUGGUAUCUAAAGCAAAACUUGUUGAUCGCAACGCUGUUGAACUGGAGAAGGGACAAAUUUUGGACAUCAAUGGAGGAGACAAAGUCGGUGUUGUCAUCAGACAUUCAAAUGAUCACAAAUGUGGACGUUGUUGGAAGUAUACUGCACCUGAACCCGACUCGUUGUGUGGUAAGUGCAGUACUGUUGUAAGUAGUAGUCCAUAA